AAGAACGAUGUCGGGGCUUCGGGCGGUGCGGAUCAGCAUCGAGUCGGCCUGCGAGAAGCAUGUGCAGGAGGUGGGCCUCGACGGGAGUGAGACGUACCUGCAGCCUCUCUCCAUGUCGCAGAACCUGGCCCGCCUGGCGCAGCGCAUCGAUUUCAGCCAAGGCAGCUCCGGUUCCGAAGAGGACGAGCCCGCACCGGCCGGCGAGAGUCGCGACUGGCCCGGCGGGGACGAGGAGGAGGAGGAAGGCCUGAUAAAAUUUCAGCCUUCUCUCUGGUCUUGGGAUUCAGUGAGGAAUAACUUAAGGAGCACUUUGACAGAAAUGUGUGUUCUUUAUGAUGUCCUCAGCAUAGUCAAAGAUAAAAAGUUUAUGACUCUAGAUCCAGUUGUACAAGAACCACUUUCUCAGAAGCAGAAUCUUCAGGUUUUACAACUGAUUUCCAAGAAAAAGUCCUUAGCUGGGGCAGCCCAGAUUCUUCUGAAAGGAGCAGAAAGGUUAUCUAAAUCUGUUGCUGAAAACCAAGAAAAUAAGCGGCAAAGAGAUUUCAACUCAGAAUUGCUCAGGCUGAGACAGCACUGGAAGCUGAGAAAAGUGGGAGAUAAAAUCCUUGGAGAUUUGAGCUACAAGAGUGCAGGGUCUCUCUUUCCUCAUCAUGGCACAUUUGAGGUAAUAAAAAACACAGACAUUGAUCUGGAUAAAAAGAUUCCUGAUGAUUCCUGCCCUCUAGAUGUUCAGAUUCCAAGUGAUUUGGAAGGUUCUGCCUAUAUUAAGGUAUGUAUUCAGAAACAAGCACCAGAUAUAGGGGACCUUGGUACAGUCAAUCUGUUUAAAAGGCCUAUUUUGAAAUCUAAGCCAGGGGCUCUGCAUUGGCAAACAAAGCUGGAGACUGCACAGAACGUUCUUUUAUGCAAAGAAAUAUUUGCUCAGCUUUCUCGGGAAGCCGUGCAAAUCAAAUCACAAAUUCCUCACAUUGUUGUGAAGAACCAGAUCAUUUCCCAGCCCUUCCCAGGCUUGCAGCUAUCCAUUUCCUUGUGCCGCUCCUCAGAAGACAAGAAAUCCCAAAAAUCCCCCUCUGAGAAGCAAGGUGCAGAGGAUCAUCUCUAUGUUCUAGAGCAUAAUCUGCACCAACGGAUCAGAGAGUUUCACAAGCAGACCCUGAGCUCCACCAUGAUGCCUCACCCAGCUAGUGCUCCUUUCGGCCAUAAAAGAAUGAGACUGGCAGGACCUCAGGCUUUUGAUAAGAAUGAAAUCAGCUCCUUGCAACCCAGCGAGGGGCUGCUGGAGAAGAUCAUAAAGCAGGCAAAGCACAUCUUUCUGAGGCGCAGAACCGCUCAAAUGAUUGACAGUCUUGCCAGGCGUAUCGAGGAUCCCCAGAUUCAGGCCCACUGGUCCAACAUCAGUGAUGUCUACGAGUCGAGUGUCAAGGUUCUCAUCACCUCCCAAGGUUAUGAGCAGAUAUGCAAGUCUAUUCAAGUGCAGUUGAAUAUUGGCAUUGAACAGGUUAGAGUAGUGCACAGAGAUGGAAGAGUGAUCACCCUGUCCCAUCAAGAGCAAGAGCUGCAAGAUUUCCUUCUUUCUCAGCUGUCACAACAUCAGAUUCUUGCAGUUCAGCAGCUGGCCAAAGUUAUGGGGUGGCAUGUGCUCAGUUUCAGUAAUCACGUGGGGCUGGGCCCAGUAGAGAGCAUUGGGAAUGCAUCUGCCAUAACCGUAGCAUCACCAAACGGAGACUACGCUAUUUCAGUACGUAACAGUCCAGAAAGUGGCAGCAAAAUCAUGGUGCAAUUCCCACGGUGCCAGCGCAAAGAUCUCCCCAAAAGUGAUACGUUGCAAGACAAUAAAUGGAACUACCUGCGUGGCCCCUUCAAGGAAGUCCAGUGGAACAAAAUGGAAGGGCGCAACUUUGUGUACAAAAUGGAACUCUUCAUGGCUGCCCUGACCCCUUGCUCCUAGGCAAGGUGAUAAUCCAAGGGGAUGAUGAUUCUGAGACCAGCGUAAGCAGAGUGAAUGUUUGAGAGCAGGGCAUACAUUCCAGAAAGCAAUCUGUAACUGUAUGGAUUUCUCUUCAGUGAUAUUUGAUUACAUCUUUUAUUGCAUAUGCUGUAUGCCAGGAUAGCUCAACCGUGGCAGCUUUAACAUAUGUGGACUUCAACUCCCAGAAUUCCCCAGCCAGUCAUGAUUAGAUGGAUGCAUCUAUGUGGGUUUUCCAGUGACAGGACAGAAACAAUUUCUCCCUUGCUUUCUUCCCAGUCCAUGUUUCUUAGCCUCGGGAACUUUAAUAUGUGUGGACUUCAACUCCCAGAAUUCCUCAGCCAGCCUACUGGUCCACAUGUCUGCAAGUUGCCAAGUGUGAGAAACACUCGCAUUUAAACUGAUGGGAGGGAAAAAGCAAAAUGCUUCCUUUUGCUCCAAGAAUGGACACAACUAUUCAACAUUUCCUAGAUUAGAGACACUUUAAAGCCCUGCCUAAGCAUUUCCAAUCUCCUUUGUUGGGGGGGGACCAUCACAGCAAAGAUUUUGAAUGCAGAAGCCCUGGUUUCUCUUAACAAAAAUCUCCCUAUUCUCACCCCCUAACGUAGCUUUGAGGCUGUUUGAUUAAUUUAAAUUUUGCAACAUUCCCCAUCUGGAUUAAUUAAUCCAACUACCAGAGGUUGUUGGGCGAGUUCGUUACAAAAAGGAGAACUCUGCGGCACCACAAAGGCGAACCAGUUGAUUGUCUGUUAUUUUUGUGGCGCGCUAUUCACUUUAUCAGAUCCAACGCAUAUCGCCCAAGCUUGCAUAAAGUACCAGGAGGCUUUCUUUUUCUCAGUCGUUUUCAGAAUUACUUGAGUCUCGUCAACAGGGAUUACGUGGAAGAUUCACUAAGAAGCUUCUAUUUUAGAGAAGGGAUCCCAUUUCUCAGAGGUGCAAGAUCUCUUGAGAUGUAGCAUCUCGAUUUUAAACUGAUUGUUUACUGAUUGGAAAAGUGAGUCAGAUUGGCUCAUGACCCUGUUGUGUUUAUUUCUGAGUCAAGCCACCAGCGACUGUGUCAGAAAGGAAUUAAAUCCUAACGCUCA